GGCAGGGGCCUCCCUGGGGCAGGGGCUGUGGAAUUGGGGGCUGAGAGACCUUUUCCCCCCACCCCCUCAUUCAGUCGACAUCUGCAUUGUGCCUUCUGUGAGCUGGGCCCAGGGGUUAUGGCAGGGACAAAUCCCUUUCCUCACGCUGUACACAUUUCCUUGGUUAAAUAAAGCAGUAACUUCCAGAGGCGGUAGGUGGACAGAACCCUGCAGAGCAGGAGAAGAAAUAAGCAUGUCACUUGCACAACGAAAAUGGCUUAAAACAAAAUGAAUGGUGGGGGCAGGGGCAGUGGCCUCUUGAGCUAGUGUGGGCAGAGAGGUGACCUUGAAGGAUCACAGGGAGGCACCCAUGAUGCUCUGGCCAGGGGAGGGGCGGGUAAAAAUGCUGGAAAAUUUGCCACAUUCCAGAAACAAAGAAGGCUGGUGGGGCCAGACCCAAGGGGAGUCUGGAAGCAGUGAGGCUAAGUGGUGAGAAGUCACAGGUCACACAGGGCCUAAGAGUAGAGCAAGGAAGAGUGGAAGGGUGGAGCCAUGAGGAGUUGUAUGGGUUACCUAGGGCUGUGUAACAAAGUAUCCUGACACUUCCGAAACAAUUUGUCAAUGUUCUCCCAGUGUCUGAGGGUCAGGACUUGGGGAGCAGCCUAGCUGGGUGCUUCUGGCACAGGGGCACUCCAGAGGUUGAGGCAGGAUGUUAGCUGGAGCCGCUGUCACCUGACAGCUUGUCCGGGUCCAGAGGACGUGCAUCCCAGUUGGUUCAUUCCCAGGCUGUUGGCUGGAGGCCUAUGGGCCUCCCCACAUUGUCCUCCCUGCACAAUCCUUGAGCAUCCUUACAACAUGACAGCCAGCUUCCCCCAGAGUGAGUGACCCGAGGGGAACAGCCAGCAGGAAGCUCAGUGCCUCUUAUGAUCUCGUCUCUGAAGUCACACAUCACCACUUUUGUCACCUUGUAUUCAUUGGAAGCAAGUCACCAAGCUGGCCCACAGAGCCCCGAGUCUUGGAAGGAGAAGCAUCAGAUGAUUUGUGGAGCAGGGGCGAGUGCAAGUGGGAUGAGGCUGGCCAGAGGCGUGGGGCGGGUAGUGGAGGGGGUGCCAGGCGCUGGCUUUGGGCUCUGCCCGGGAGGCAGGGUCAACUAGACCUGCUGGUGGAGUAGAUGUCGAGGAGGAGAGCGUCAAAGUGGCUCCUGGAUUUGGGCCCAAGCCGCCAAGUCGGUUGUGUCUCUAGAGGUUGGGAACUUGAAACCCACUCCACAAGGCUCGAUGGUGAUGACCUCCUGGAUAAUCCCGGGGAGGCCCAAAGUGCCUUCUAUGAAGGUCCUGGGCUCCAUGUGCAAGAAGCUUCUGGCAACCACUUGAGCCCAGAGCCCACGCAGCCAGCCCCCAGCGUGGACCUAGACUUCCUGGAAGAUGCGAUCCUGGGCUCGCCUGCCGCAGGGGGCGGCGGCGGGGGUGGUGGAGGCGCCGACCAGCCCUGCGACAUCCUCCAGCAGAGCCUCCAAGAGGCCAAUAUCACUGAGCAGACACUUGAGGCCGAGGCCGAGCUGGACCUGGGCCCCUUCCAGCUGCCCACCCUCCAGCCCGCCGAUGGUGGAGCAGGCCCGGCCGGCGCUGGUGGGGCCGCUGCCGUGGCCGCUGGGCCCCAGGCCCUGUUCCCGGGCGGCACCGACCUGCUGGGGCUGCAGGCCCCGCCCACCGUGCUGACCCACCAGGCCUUGGUGCCACCCCAGGACGUGGUCAACAAAGCCCUGAGCGUCCAGCCCUUCCUGCAGCCCGUGGGCCUGGGCAAUGUGACCCUGCAGCCCAUCCCGGGCCUCCAGGGCCUGCCCAACGGCAGUCCCGGGGGCGCCACGGCGGCCACGCUCGGCCUGGCGCCCAUCCAGGUGGUGGGCCAGCCCGUCAUGGCACUCAACCCGCCCACCUCCCAGCUCCUGGCCAAGCAGGUGCCCGUCAGCGGCUAUCUGGCCUCGGCAGCCGGCCCCUCGGAGCCGGUGACCCUGGCAUCGGCCGGCGUCUCGCCCCAGGGGGCCGGCCUGGUCAUUCAGAAGAACCUCCCCACCGCCGUGGCCACCACGCUCAAUGGGAACUCGGUGUUCGGAGGGGCGGGAGCUGCCACGGCGGCGGCCAGCGGGGCGCCCUCGGGGCAGCCGCUGGCGGUGGCCCCCGGCCUCGGCACUUCGCCGCUGGUUCCGGCGCCCAACGUGAUCCUGCAUCGCACACCCACGCCCAUCCAGCCCAAGCCUGCCGGCGUGCUGCCCCCCAAGCUCUACCAGCUGACACCCAAGCCGUUCGCCCCCGCGGGCACCACACUCACCAUCCAGGGCGAGGCCGGGGGCCUCCCGCAGCAGCCCAAGGCCCCCCAGAACCUGACUUUCAUGGCAGCGGGCAAGGCCGGCCAGAACGUGGUGCUGUCGGGCUUCCCCGCGCCUGCCCUGCCGGCCAAUGUCUUCAAGCAGCCUCCGGCCACCACGACGGGCGCCGCCCCGCCGCAGCCCCCCGGGGCCCUGAGCAAGCCCAUGAGCGUCCACCUGUUGAACCAGGGCAGCAGCAUCGUCAUCCCCGCCCAGCACAUGCUGCCGGGCCAGAACCAGUUCCUGCUGCCCGGCGCGCCCGCUGUCCAGCUCCCCCAGACGCUCUCGGCCCUGCCCACCAAUGUCGGGGGGCAGAUCCUGGCGGCCGCGGCCCCCCACGCGGGCGGACAGCUCAUCGCAAACCCCAUCCUCACCAACCAGAACCUGGCGGGUCCGCUGAGCCUGGGCCCCGUGCUGGCCCCCCACUCCGGGACCCACAGCGCGGCCCACAUCCUCUCGGCCGCCCCCAUCCAGGUGGGCCAGCCGGCGCUCUUCCAGAUGCCCGUGUCACUGGCCGCGGGCAGCCUGCCCACGCAGAGCCAGCCGGCGCCCACCGGCCCCGCUGCCACUACCGUCCUCCAGGGGGUCACCCUGCCCCCCAGCGCCGUGGCCAUGCUCAACGCCCCUGAUGGGCUGGUGCAGCCGGCCACCCCUGCCGCCGCCGGAGAGGCCGCGCCUGUCCUCGCCGUGCAGACGGCCCCCCAGGCGCCGCCGGCGGUCAGCACCCCACUGCCUUUGGGCCUCCAGCCGCCGCCGCCUGCGCAGCAGCAGCCACAGCAACAGCAGCCGCCGCCGCCCCCGCAGGCCCCUACCCCUCAGGCCACCGCACCGCCUCAGGCCACCACCCCCCAGCCCAGCCCAGGCCUGGCGUCCAGCCCCGAGAAGAUCGUCCUGGGACAGCCGCCCUCUGCCGCCACCACGGCCAUCCUCACUCAGGACUCCCUGCAGAUGUUCCUGCCUCAGGAGAGGAGCCAGCAGCCCCUCUCUGCAGACGGGCCCCACCUCUCCGUGCCCGCCUCGGUCAUAGUCAGCGCCCCGCCUCCUGCCCAAGACCCAGCCCCGAGCACCCCCAUCGCCAAAGGAGCUGGCCUCGGCCCUCAGGCCCCCGACAGCCAGGCUUCCCCAGCGCCGGCCCCCCAGAUCCCGGCAGCGGCUCCACUGAAGGGCCCAGGCCCCUCCUCGUCCCCGUCACUACCUCACCAAGCCCCUCUGGGAGACAGCCCCCACCUGCCCUCCCCACAUCCCGCCAGGCCUCCCUCCCGCCCACCCUCCCGACCCCACUCCCGCCCUCCCUCCCAGCCCCAGAGCUUAUCUCGUCCGCCCUCAGAGCCCACCCUGCACCCUUGCCCCCCACCCCAGGCACCCCCCACCCUGCCUGGCAUCUUUGUCAUCCAGAACCAGCUGGGGGUCCCCCCGCCUGCCAGCACCCCAGCCCCCACUGCCCCGGGCCCCCCCCAACCCCCCCUGCGCCCCCCAUCCCAGCCCCCAGAGGGGCCGCUGCCCCCAGCUCCCCACCUUCCUCCCGCCUCCACCUCCUCUGGCGCGGCCUCCACGGAUACGUCCACCAGGCUGCCAGCCCCUACGCCAGCUGACUUCCAGCUCCAGUUUCCGCCUGGCCAGGGGCCCCACAAGUCCCCCACGCCCCCUCCGACCCUCCACCUGCUCCCUGAGCCCGCAGCGCCCCCCCCACCGCCUCCUCGGACCUUCCAGAUGGUGACCACCCCUUUCCCGGCGCUGUCCCAGCCGAAGGCUCUGCUCGAGAGAUUUCACCAGGUGCCGUCCGGGAUCAUCCUCCAGAACAAGGCCGGGGGAGCCCCCGCCACCCCGCAGACCUCCGCCAACCUGGGGCCUCUCGCCAGCCCCACCGCCUCUGUGCUGGUCGGCGGGCAGGCCCCAUCCGGGACCCCCGCUGCCCCCAGCCAUCCCCCUGCCCCGGCACCCGUGGCUACCGCAGGCCUCCCUCCUCUGCUUCCUGCCGAGAGCAAAGCUUUUGCCAGCAACCUCCCGACCCUGAGCGUGGCCAAGGCGGCUGUGGCUGGACCGGGGAAGUCCUCUGGGCUGCAGUAUGAGAGCAAGAUGAGCAGCCUGAAGAAACCCCCCACGCUUCAGCCCAGUAAGGAAGCCUGUUUUCUGGAACAUUUGCACAAACAUCAGGGCUCCGUCCUACACCCUGACUACAAGACGGCCUUCCCCUCCUUCGAAGAUGCUCUGCAUCGCCUCCUGCCCUACCAUGUCUACCAGGGUGCCCUCCCCUCCCCCAACGACUACCACAAAGUGGAUGAGGAGUUUGAGACGGUCUCCACGCAGCUGCUGAAACGCACCCAGGCCAUGCUCAACAAAUACCGCCUCCUGCUCCUGGAGGAGUCCCGGAGGGUGAGCCCCUCCGCGGAGAUGGUAAUGAUCGACCGAAUGUUCAUUCAGGAGGAGAAGACCACCCUUGCCUUGGACAAACAACUGGCCAAGGAGAAGCCCGACGAGUAUGUGUCUUCCUCCCGCUCGCUUGGCCUCCCCAUCGCUGCCUCUUCCGAGGGACACCGGCUCCCUGGCCACGGCCCACCGCCCUCCUCGGCGUCGGGGGCCCCCGCGCAGCCCCCUCUGCACCUGCCAACCAAGCUGGUGAUUCGGCACGGGGGGGCGGGCGGCUCCCCUUCCGUGACCUGGGCGCGGGCGUCCUCCUCCCUGUCCUCCUCCUCGUCCUCCUCCGCCGCCUCCUCCCUGGACGCCGAUGAGGACGGCCCCAUGCCCUCGCGCAACCGCCCCCCCAUCAAGACCUACGAGGCGCGCAGCCGCAUCGGCCUCAAGCUCAAGAUCAAGCAGGAAGCCGGGCUCAGCAAGGUCGUCCACAACACCGCCCUGGACCCGGUGCACCAGCCCCCGCCCCCCGCCGCCCUCAAGGCCGCCGAGCCCCCGCCCCGGCCCCCGCCGCCGCCCCCCGCGCCCGGCCAGAUGAACGGCACAGUGGACCACCCGCCGCCCGCCGCCGCCGACCGCAAGCCCCCGGCCCUGGCCCCCCACUGCCCCCGGCUGCCCCUGCGGAAGACGUACCGCGAGAACGUGGAGGCCCUGGGCGGCGGGGCCGGGGAGGGGGCCGGGGCCGGGGCGGGGGCGGGGGCCGCCAGAGCCCGGGGAGGCAGCCCGGCGCCGCUGCCCACCAAAGUGGACGAGGCCACCAGCGGGCUGAUCCGCGAGCUGGCGGCGGUGGAGGACGAGCUGUACCAGCGCAUGCUGAAGGGCGCGCCCCCGGAGCCCGCGGCCGGCGCCGGGCAGGGCAGCGGCAGCAGGGACCCCGGCUGGGAGGCGCCCCCCGCCAAGCGGCGCAAAUCCGAGUCGCCCGACGUGGACCAGGCCAGCUUCUCCAGCGACAGUCCGCAGGACGACACGCUCACCGAGCACCUGCAGAGCGCCAUCGACAGCAUCCUGAACCUCCAGCAGGCCCCGGGCCGGACACCUGCGCCCCCGUACCCCCACGCCGCCCCGACGGCGGUCCCGCCGGCCUCCCCGUCGCCCCUGCACAGGCCCGAGGCCUACCCGCCUUCCAGUCACAACGGUGGCCUCGGCGCCAGGACGUUGAACAGAUAACACCGGGCUGGUCUUCGCUUCCCUGUCCCCCGUUCGCGCGACGCCGGGGCGGGCUGGCCAUCCGACCUCAGCCUCCUGGGGGCCGCGAGCCGGGGAUCCCCUGACAGUUUUUCUUGCCUAAGUUAUUUGAGUCACAAAGGCCUCCUCCCCCACUUCCUGCUGGGUUGUUGGGUGGGGGUUGUGGAUUUAGGGGAGGGGGCUGUAAUGUAAAAUGUCCCCCUGCGAAGGUGGGGGUGAUCCCGGUGUGUCAUUUCCGAUUUCUUCCCGCUUCCAGCCACACUCCGCCCCUCUCGUGUGUGUUGGUGGGGAGGGGGGGACACACGCGUGUUUGCCAGGGAUAGAGGUACCCUGGUGGCUCCCACUGUUCGCGCGUGUCCGUGUGGCUGCGCAGAUGUGUGCAUCGGUCAAGGGCGCUCCAAGCCGGGAGGGUCCUCAGGAGCCUUGGCUGGGCCUCUCCCUACCGCGCCCCCCACAGGCUGUAGAAGGAAAGGCGGGGACCGGCGGGCUCGGAGGCACCUGUGCUGCUGGGCACCUGUGUCACAUCUGUGUGUGCGCGUCCAGCUCUACGUGUCCCAUGUCCCCGUGUGUGUGCUCGAGUGAGCAAGAGAGAGAGAGAUUUCGAACCCUCCCUGUCCCUCGACUGAAAUCCGAGCACCUCCAAAACAGGAAACCGGGGUCUUCCUCCCACACCUCCAUCCCUCCCCAGCCAGUCUUCCCUCUGUUCUUCCUGUCGCCAGCCACCCGCGCCAGAUUUUGAAAUCUCGGAGACAAAACUAGUACUGUAAGAUAAAUUUUUUUGUACUGUAUUUAUUGUGUAUAACGAUUUUUUUAAAGGAGAAUUCUGUACAUUUAGAACUCUUGUAAAUUAAAAACUGAUCCUUUUUUUAAAACUGUA